GAACCUGUUCUUCAGUCUCUGGCAGCAGCUGAAAUGGCGCAGCAAGAUCUGUCUGGAUCCACUGAAGACUACUGGCUGUGGACACAGCUACUGUAAGAGCUGUAUUAACAACCACUGGGACAAUGGGGAGGAGAGAGGAAGCUACAGCUGUCCUCAGUGUAGACAGACCUUCACACCGAGGCCUGUCCUGGUGAAAAACACCAUGUUAGCUGCUUUAGUGGAGGAGCUGAAGAAGACUGGACUCCAAGCUGCUCCUGCUGAUCACUGCUAUGCUGGACCUGAAGAAGUGGCCUGUGAUGUCUGCACUGGGAGAAAACUGAAAGCUCUCAAGUCCUGUUUGGAUUGUUUGGCCUCUUGUUGUGAAAAACACCUCCAGCCUCAUUUUCAGUCAGCUCCAUUUAAGAAAAACAAGCUGGUGGAGCCCUCGGAGAAGCUCCAGGAGAACAUCUGCUCUCGUCACGACGAGGUGAUGAAGAUGUUCUGCCGCACUGAUCAGCAGUGUAUCUGUUAUCUCUGCUCUGUGGAGGAACAUAAAGACCACGACACAGUGUCAGCUGCAGCAGAAAGGACUGAGAGGCAGAGAGAGCUCGGGCUGAGGAGACAAACAAUCCAGCAGAGAGUCCAGGACACAGAGAAAGACGUGAAGCUGCUUCAACAGGAGGAGGAGGCCUUCAAUGGCUCUGCUGAUAAAGCAGUGGAGGACAGUGAGGAGAUCUUCACUGAGAUGAUCCGUCUGCUGGAGAAAGGAAGCUCUGAUGUGAAGCAGCAGAUCAGAUCCCAGCAGGAAACUGAAGUGAGUCGAGUCAGAGAGCUUCAGGAGAGACUGGAGCAGGAGAUCACUGAGCUGAAGAGGAAAGACCAGGAACUGAAGCAGCUCUCAGACACAGAGGAUCGCUACCAGUUUCUACACAACUACCCCUCACUGUCACCACUCAGUAGAUCUACACACUCAUCCAGCUUCAGGAUCCGUCCUCUGAGGAACUUUGAGGACGUGACAGCAGCUGUGUCACAGGUCAGAGGUCUACUACAGGACAUUCUGAGUGAGACAGAGACAGAGAUUUUAACGAUUGUGUCUCAAGUGGAUGUUUUACUGCCACAACCAGAGACCAGAGCUGACUUCUUAAGAUAUUCACAGGAAAUCACACUGGAUCCAAACACAGUAUACAAACAUCUUUUAUUAUCUGAGGGAAACAGAAAAGUAACAUAUAUGAGUGAAGAUCAGUCUUAUUCUGAUCACCCAGACAGAUUCACUUAUUGGCAUCAGGUCCUGAGUAGAGAGAGUCUGACUGGACGUUGUUACUGGGAGGUGGAGAUGGGGAUGAGAGGACAAGUUGAUGUAUCAGUCACAUACAAGAAUAUCAGCAGAGCAGGAGACUUAUAUGAAUGUUUAUUUGGAUUCAAUGAUAAAUCUUGGUCAUUAUAUUGUGAUGGAAACAGUUAUAGCUUUUCUUACAACAGCAUCGAGACUCCAGUGUCAGGUCCUGUGUCCUCCAGAGUAGGAGUGUACCUGGAUCACAGUGCAGGUGUUCUGUCCUUCUACAGCGUCUCUGACACCAUGACUCUCCUCCACAGAGUCCAGACCACAUUCACUCAGCCUCUCUAUGCUGGAGUUGUGAUGUAUCUUGGAUCCGCAGCUGAGUUCUGUAAACUCAAAUAGACUCGAGUCAUUACAAGCAGUGAUUUAGAUUCUGUGUUUAAAUCUUGAACUUCUUUUGUCUCCAUGUUUGUUGAUCAAAGUUCGUCGUGGUGACGUUUCUGCUCCUCACAGAGAUCAGCUGUCAAUCAUUCCUGACGGGCGGCACUAUGCUGUCCUGUCAUUGGUCGUUGUGUUGAUGUUUCAGUUUGUUGAGCUGGACUCAUGUUGCAUCUCACUGCUCGUUGCUUUAAGCUGCAGAAGCUUGGGUGAAGCUUUCACAUUUCUCCUUGCAGAACAAGUGCAAUCUGAAAACUGAUGCACCACCACAAGAGGGCGCCUUUGUUUUGUGGACCACACCCUGUGGUUUGUGUUGUGCACACAACUUUCAUGUGUCAGGCCGGACUCUGUCACAGCCUGGCUCUAUGAAACAUUCUAACAUGUCUCUUUACCUUUAGCCGCGCUGCAGAGGUUAUCCAAAUGAAUCCUUUUCAACACGUGGCAUGAAAUUCAAAACUUCAGCUCUUCUUGUGUUUUUCAGAAUGAUGUGUGGAUGCAUGUCCCGUCCACUUGCCCAUGUGACAACAUCUACAGUGUGUUAUGUGUGAUAUUUUUUUUAUGCUGUGGUAAAAUUACUGCAUUGUUUUAGUUUUCCAUCUUUGUUUUCUUCUCCACCUCCUGAGCUGAACAGGUGAAAUAUGAAACUGCACUUUUGUUUGCCUCUUUAAAGUGGCUUUAAGUCUUUAUUUGUAUUUUCAGUUGAAGAAUUGUUAAUGUGCAAUCAAUAAAUCAAUCAAUCAAUCAAUCAAUCACUCAGCUCCACAGAACAAGACAGGGUUCCAUAAUGCUCAUGACUGUUUCGUUUACAGUUUUUUGGAAAAAGAAGAAGGCCCCUCACAUUUGAGACGGUGGUACCAAAGGAUGUUUGACCUUUUCUUUUGUGUUACUUCAUAUUAUGAUUUUCUGAUGUGAAAUUAUGUUUUUAUAGUUAUUUUUGUAUAACGUAAAUUGUGAUUCCCUUGCUAACUGUGUGCAUCAGUGUUAAUAAACUCAAAUUCAAUAUGGA